AUGUCUUCUUUGACCAAACUGCUACAAGAAAAAAGGAACCAGGAGCCUACUUCUGCUUCCUCUUCGAAAUCAGCCUUGACAAGCUCCUUGAAGGAGUCGCUAGCUGAAUCUAGGAAUGCCAAUGCCCAAGAGAAACAGGCUACUGCUGGAUCCCCCUUAAAUGUCAAUCCUAAUGGUACCGUUGUAUCUACGCCAGUAGAAAUCAACCAUGUGGCCCAGAGUCACGGAACGGGUAGUGGAACCACUGUGAGACAAGUAGACUCGAAUGAUGAUGGUUCCCUGGAAAGUUCAUACGAAUUUUCUCACUCGUUUAUAAACGCUAAUUCGGCACAUACCGCAACCAUGUAUGGAUCCUCUUUAUCCAACAAGACCCUCUCGGGUUCCAUUAUGAUUUCAAAUGGAAAGCUACCGCAGGAAGGUAAUAACAACACCAUUACUGGUAGAACCCCAAGUAAGUUUGGAACUAGUAUUGGGAGACAGAAUACCCUUCCAUCACUCUCUUCAAGUAUACCGUACUCUGCACCAAACUCGAACCCAGCUCAUGACUCAGCCACAACUAAUAGUGCGGAAUCAUCAGCCUCAUCCUCGUGGUUAGACAAACAUGGCUCGUUACCAAGCAACAUAUCUGCUAUCGAUUCUAACGUUAUUUCUUCCCCAAAAGUCGACUCCGUCGAGCCUCGUUUCGUAAUUACAAAGCAAAAGCUAAAAGAAAAAACAGCAAUGAAUCAUGAAGCUCAUAAAUCAGUGUCAAGAUCAAACUCCAUAUCUUCGCAGUUAGGCAACUUUUUCUUCUCCAAGAAUAAGGACAAUAGUCCAACUUUAGUGGCCUCCUCGUACGGCGCUGGCGUCUCUCAACCUAACCAUAAUAUCCAUCCAAACAACUCCAACAACAGCAACGCAGCAGCAGCCAACUAUAGCAGCAGCUAUAGCGGAUCUCACAAUCCUUCGUCGCCAUUAGUUGGAAACAAUAGUUCGGCAAUCCCGAAACCAAUCAGAGCUAGGGCUUCGUCCAUUUACAACUCUUCAAGACAGCCUUCAUCAUCGUUCACUGAUCAUGGCAUAGGAUCUCCGCAGUCUUUCCAUGAUGGUGUUCCUCAAGCUCAGUACACCCCCAAAUCUCGCCAUAGUUCAGUGGCCGACUUAAAGAGAUUCUUUAAGAAGCAUGGCGCUGGAAAUGCUACUUCAUCAUACAGCGAAUCUCCACCUAUCAGCGCUAACAUGUCGAAUAUAAGUGGUAGCAGUGUUGGGUUUGCUCCUGGCUCAUUGGGAUCUAAUGAUAUCGUUUAUGCAGCCUCUCAGGUUCCAACCCUUCCUUUCAGCAAACGUUACUCAAAGACAGGAGAGAAUCUAGGUGCUGGUGCUGGUGGUUCUGUUAGGUUAAUGAAACGGGUCAGCGAUGGUCAAGUAUUUGCUGUUAAAGAAUUUAGAGCCAAAUUCGACCACGAAUCGAAACGGGAUUACGUGAAGAAAAUAACCUCCGAGUACUGUAUCGGUACCACUUUACGUCAUCCUAAUAUUAUUGCUACGAUCGAAAUUGUUUAUGAGAACAAUAGAAUUUUCCAGGUUAUGGAAUAUUGUGACUACGAUCUUUUCGCCAUUGUUAUGAGCAACAAAAUGUCUUACGAGGAAAUAUGUUGUUGUUUCAAACAAAUCCUUACAGGUAUUGAAUAUCUUCAUAGCAUUGGGUUAGCACAUCGUGACAUGAAGUUAGAUAACUGUGUUAUCAACAGCCAAGGAAUUGUUAAAUUAAUCGAUUUUGGUGCUGCCGUAGUUUUCUCUUACCCUCAUUCAAAGACAUUGGUCGAAUCUAGUGGUAUUGUUGGUAGUGACCCAUAUUUAGCCCCAGAAGUGUGCAUUUUCACUAAAUAUGACCCAAGACCAGUGGAUAUCUGGUCUGUGGCAAUCCUGUUUGCAUGUAUGGUAUUGAAGAAAUUCCCAUGGAAAAUUCCAAAGUUAAGGGACAACUCAUUCAAAUUAUUCUGUUCUGGUAGAGAUUGUGACUCUUUGAGUACCCUAGUAACAAGAACACCCAAGCCACCAAGCUACGAUAAUGUCAUUCAAUCUGGUACUGCUGACGAACCAGCUCCCAAAUCAAACAAUCCAUCUGAUCCCAACAACACAAAUAUCGGCCCUCAGAGAUUACUACACUCCUUACCUGAGGAAUGCCAACACAUCAUUGGGAGAAUGGUGGACUUGGCACCUGCAUGCCGUGCAAACAUCGAGGAAGUUCUAAAUGACCCAUGGGUCCAAUCAAUUGACAUGUGUACAGUAGAAGUUGAUGAACAUGGACACUCAACAGUUGUGCCUGGAUUAGAUCACAAGCAUACACAAGUGGACCAAAGUGAAGCGCAUAUUGCUGGCCUUGAGAAGAAGAAGAAGGGAAAAUGA